GGUGCUGAGAACUCUAAAAGGAAAAGAGAGAGGGAAGGAAAAAGUUGACUAUUUUUUGAAUCUUCUCCAUCUCUUUUCUCUCCCUAUAUAUACACAUAUAUGUGUUGUGUAUCUGUGUUCUAAAUCCUUCUGAAAUUUAGGAAUUUAAAUGUAAAUCCUCGAUAUCAUUCAUAGAAAUUACAAUUCAUCCACCGUUUAUGAUUAAAUAAUAUUAUAUCUAUGGAGUUUGAGAGAUGAAAGGUCUAUUGUUGAACAUGGAGAAGAGAAAUGUUGCAAACCGGAGGGAGCAUCUGAUUUUACUACUUGCUAACAUCCAUAUCCGGAAAAUUCCUAAGCAAACAAAUGUGUUGCAGUUGGGAGAUGAAGUUAUCCAUGAACUGAUGCAGAAGUUUUUUAAAAAUUAUACAAAUCGGUGCAAAUUUUUGGGGAGAAAAAGCAACAUCCGGCAUUGGGAGUACCACCUUAGCAGCCAUGGUGGAAAGUGAACUAAUAUUAUGUAGUAUGUCAUGAUCAGCUCAUGUUUGUAAAUAUUUUUAAUUUUUUGUUAUGUCAUAAAUUUUCAUUGGUCAAAUUUGUA